UGGUACAAGGCUGUUGUGCAUAGUCUUGUGCAAUGUGACCUCUGUGAUCAUUCACAGAUUUCACAAGUAGUAAACAAUGAUAUCAGGAAGUGACAUCUUGUUUACUACUUGACAUCUUGCUUACUACUUUGCAUGUGAUCACUGAUUGGCCAAUCAGUGAUCACAUGAUCGGGACUUCGUACAGAGGUCCCGUCCGACGAUCGGUGUUUCACUGUGUCCCAGGGAGCGAGCACAAGCAGGGUGCGGGGAGGCCGUUUAUAAACGGCCACCCGACCCUACAGUGCCACCAUCCGGCCGUUUAUAUACAAUGGCCGGUCGGGAAGUGGUUAAUAUCUAUGAAGCUGCUUUCCAGACAAAAUUGGUAGUUG